GAAGCCCCGCCGCCACUCCUCCCCUGCCUCGAAAGAGAUCAGUUUCCGCCAGAAACCUCGCCGCCUCGCUGUGGCGCUCCACUAAUGUCGGCAGAAUCGCCUCAUUUGAUCGCCUCUGUUUUCAGCUUCGAUCAUCGUUUCCGGCUCACAAUUUGGAAGGAGCUACGAAAUGGGAUUCCUGUGACUAUUUUAAAUCUCGAAAACAUGUAAAUGAAGUCGAAACGAGGAAGAAACACCGAAUGAGGAAGGUGGAAGCGAUCGAGAACAUGGCUGAUGGUGUUACAGCCGAGAGGAGGAUCUGUAAAGAUAUAAAGAAGAUGAAGUUAUCAGCAAUGAAGCUCCUCCGGAAUCUCCAGAGGGAGAGGAAGGCGCGAGAGGAGUUAGAGGGCGCGUGCUAUGGCCUAGCUAGAGAGAUCGAGGCAAGAAGGGCCGAAACAUUGGCAUUGAGGGAACAACAACAAAGGGUUAGAUUGGAAGUUGAAAAGGAGAGGAGAAUGAGGCAAAUGGCUGAGGUUUGGAGGGAGGAGAGGGCGCAGAUGAAGUUAGCCGAGGCGAACUUUAUACUAGAGGAUAAGUAUGCCGAGGUUGAUGGCCUCAUAGCUGAGCUCAAAUCAUUCUUAACAAGCUCAGAGACUCAAAUAUAGAAAUUCUAAGGGAGGUUUUUGGCCUUGUUAUGACUAAGGGUUGCAAGCACGCGUUUCCUGAAUCAAACGAUGCGCGAAAAAGUGAAGCUCGAACGAGGAGUGGCGGUCAUGGUGAGGGAUCGAUGAAUAAAGGCUCAAACACUAGUCAAACAUUAAUGGUGAACAAUGGGUGUUCGGCUAGGAGGAAUCCGCACAUUGUUCGAGCUAUGAAGGGGGCAUAUUGAGUGGCCGAGGCGCGGCUUGGCCGGAAGCCAAGUUGGAGAGCAAGAAAAUGGUGCUGAGGCACAAGACUUAUAAGUUUGAUCAUAUUUACUUAGAUGACACUAUACAUACUUUGCUCUUUACUUGUUAGAGCUGAGUCAUUUUGUCCUUGACUAUUUUGCAUGAUAAA